GUUCGAUUGCCAUAAAUAAACGGAAGGUGAGAUUUGAAUAAUUUCAUACCUCUCCAGACACUUUUGCCAACAAAUUGUAAAUAAAUUAUCCAACUGAGUUAUUUGGACUACAAAGGUCAAACUGUUUUUGUUUUCCAGCGACAAAACGUCAGCAUAGACAUCAAAUCUAGAUUGGCUCAACUGUAUGUCAAGCUUGGGUUUCAAGUAACAGAGCUAUUUUAAAUCUACACUGGUUACUGAAGGAGAGGAAAGCGAAUAUUGGUAUAAAUGGGCGGGGUAAAUUAGCUGCAUGUGCGUUCACUUCACGUUUUUCCUGUCAUUGGGACUGUUGUGGCGAACAGGAUGAGGAAGGUCUGACACAUCCGCUUCGAGGAUCAUCCCCAUGCCUAAUCUGCAGGUCAGAAUGGUUUCUUAAUCUGAGCUCAAUGUUUAUGUAGUGUUUUGAAGAAGGCUGGAUGGCUAAGCAUAUCCGCGCUGUUAAACCUAGUGUUGGAGCAUGCUCCGUGAACAAAUUCAGCACUUUACUGUACAUUCUGUUUACUGUACAAAUGUUUUUUUCCCUUUUAUUGUUUUUCCUUUUAUUAUUUACGUUGUAUGUGACUUUUUGCAGUGACUUUGUAUGUGUUUGUUCUCUCCUCUCUUAUUUAAUCAACAGCUCACAAGACUUUUCUGUGUAAGGGCAUUAAGAUGUGGUUGAGACAUCUGACCAUUCUCCUUGUUGAUGACGUAUAAAUCAUAAUUUAGUAUUCGAUCUGCUGUAUGCAUCUACCUCUUUUGAAAUAACACUUGUAUCUACAGAACCUAAAUGAAAUGACUAUAUAUUAAUUAACAUAUAUAUUAAGAAAAUUCAGGACCCAGUGGACCAGUGAUUAUAAUGACUAUUUAAUAGGUCUGAUGUUCCUUUAAACAUAUAGUCAAAUAUAUGCAAUAAUACAGUUAGAGAUGCUGCAGUUAAGCUCAGUUGCAGACUGUCUGCUGAUCAGUAAUGCCCGGUCAGCCUGUAGCAAUGAACUUAUCCAGAAGGAGGAGGUCACUCUUUGUAUUAAUGUUUCUAAGCAGCAACCUUUUCCCUCUAUGCGGGUAAGCACUUUGCGUGUACCUGUAUAUGAUGACCCUCAAGAAGACCUAUACAAGUAUUUUGACCACUGUGCUGAUGCCAUAGCCAGUGAGGCAGAAAGGGGAGGCCGCACUGUUGUGUAUUGCAAGAAUGGACGGAGUCGCUCAGCUACUGUCUGUGUGGCCUAUUUAAUGAAGCAUCAGGGUCUCACCUUGACAGAUGCCUUCCAGGUAGUAAAAAGUGCCAGAUCAGUAGUUGAGCCUAACCCUGGAUUCUGGACUCAGCUGGAGCGAUAUGAACAGGAGCUGAAGAUCAGGAAAUCGUCCAGCCACAGAUGUAACCUCUCUCCACUUUGACUUCAUACCAACAUUUUCUGAUAUGACAAUCUCAACAAAAUCUUCAGGAGUUUUAUAAUAGCUAAGGCUUUAGACAUGUCGCUGUUCAAGCUUUCUUCAAAUAAAAAAUGCCAUAUAAUAACAAUAAUAAUGAUACGUGCCUUGAAUGAUUAUAAAGUGCUUUGAUGCAACCUGUGUUGUUAAAAGCACUAUAUAAAUAAAAAUGAUUGAUUGAUUGAUAAAGUGUGAUAACGAUUAUAUUAUAUUUUAAAAAGAAAAAGGAGUAUG